UUAGUUUGUUAUUGUUUGGUUUGUUUGGGCCACUUUUGUUUUUUGGUUGGGGGGAAAAAAGCGCAACGUGGACGUGGAAUAGAAUAGAGCAGUACAGAGCAUAGCUCACCAAAGUCCGCACACCUGGUCCCCUUUCCAAAACAAAAAAAAACACCUGUGACCCCUCCCCCGCCCACCGACGCGCCAUCAAGUGUUUUUCAUUUCAGUUCUUGAGAGGGUUUUUUCAAGAUAGCAUCUGGUUGAUCUCGAUCUGAUGAUCUGGCAAAUACGACAGCACAUAUAUAGUAUAUAGUAGUUGAUUAUAUAGAAAUCCAUGAGCGAGGCCAAGAUGAACGGACGCUCAAUACGCAUCAAUCGGUUGCCGGCCACCAUUGUGGCUAUCCUGUUGACAAUUGUCCUGGUCUACUUCCUUAAUUUCCAUCAGGAGGAACGACCGGCAAUCUAUGGCAUGCUGAGAAGUGAUAAUCCUAAUCGAGUUAAUCUACGCAAAAUGCUUAUCGCUGCCAUACAGGCGGCUCAACGUGGUGGCCUCGAGGUCCUGGAUGUGGCUAGAAGUCGCCAGUUGAAGGAGCGGAGCAAGGGAAAGACGGACGAGGGCGUCAAUGAUCCGUUUACGGACGCUGAUGGGCGAUCACAUUGUGUAAUGAAGCUGGGCCUCCAGCGGAUCUUCCCGCGCGUACAAAUCUUCUCCGAGGAGGACAAGGAGCAUUGCAAACAGGCUCACAGCUACGAUCUGGAUCCUACGGUGCUCCAUGAAACCGCACAGAUUCCGGAUGUUACAGUGAAUGCCCAGGAUGUUACCGUUUGGGUGGAUCCUCUAGAUGCCACCAAGGAAUAUACCGAGGAACUGUACGAGUACGUGACCACCAUGGUGUGCGUGGCGGUAGCCGGAAGACCCAUUAUCGGAGUAAUCCACAGUCCGUUCAAUGGCCAAACUGCCUGGGCGUGGGUGGGCCAUUCGAUGUCGGAAUAUUUGGCAAGUUUGCAUCCGGAUCAUUCGCCGAAUAACCAGGUGCCCAUCAUAACAGUGUCGCGAUCGCACACGGCAGGAGCUAAGGAUCUGGCCAGGGGUAUAUUUGGCGAGGAUGUUAGCCUACUGACGGCAGCGGGAGCUGGCUACAAGGUGCUACAAGUGGUGGCGAAUAAUGCCACUGCUUAUCUGCACACCUCCAAGAUCAAGAAGUGGGACAUUUGUGCCGGCGAUGCCAUUUUACACGCUUUGGGCGGCACAAUGACCACGCUGAAUGACCAGUUGAUUAAUUACGGUCCAGAUGAGUCGCCGGUCAAUACGGAUGGUUUGCUGGCCACUUUGGAAAGGCAUGACGAGUACAUGGACAAGUUAUCCAAAUACCGAGAGGCGCACAAUGGCAAGCUGGCGUAGGGGUUAGCCAGUUCUUAGACCCUUAGCUCCCUUUACCCCACUUUCAGAUGAAUCCCCCCUCACUGAGCGUUUAGGCCGCAUUCAAAAAUAGCUUUAAGUUCUAAAGAGGAAAACCAGUUUUUUAGUAAUCUCAAUAUUUGUGCGUGUGUGUGCUUCUUUUUUUUUUUGCAUAAUUACGUUGGUUGUGUAGCGGCGCGGCGGGGUCAUGAACCCGGACCAAACCAAACCGCCCAGUUGGCUCAAAAUAAACUAAUUUUAAAUUGUA